AUGGGGGGGUCAUUAGGAAGAGGCGCAGAGCCGGCACGGAGGGCCCCCGGGGCCCCUAACUACCCCAGGCUGGAGCCCUGCAGGGAUGACCCGUACAGCCGGCCGGCCCGCCGGACCCAGUGGCUGCUCAGCGCCCUGGCGCAUCACUAUGGGUCGGACCGGGGGGUCGAGAAUGAAAUCAUCGUAUUGGCCACCGGGCUGGACCAGUACCUGCAGGAGGUCUUCCAUCACCUGGACUGGGGGGCACAGGACUCCAUCCCGGGGGCAGAUUUCCGCGCCCUGUGCCAGGUGCUGGGGCUGGAGCCGGGGCAGAUAGAAUGCGAGGGGCUAUUGGGAAACCUCCCGGAGCGACUCACCUUCCGCCAGUUCCAUGCCCGCCUGUGCGGGUACUUCAGCGGCAAGGCUGGGUCUGACACCGGCCGGCUGCCCUCCGGCACUGACACGGAACAUAUAGAGACCCAGAUCCGCCUGCGGAGCCCCAGGAGGCGCAGAGACCCGCCCCCACGGAGCAGCUUGAAGCCCGGCGCGGAGCGGAGCCUUGAGCAGGAGAACAGCAACCUCCGGGAACUGGUGGAGGACCUGAGGGCCGCCCUGCAAAGCAGUGAUGCCCGCUGCCUGGCACUGCAGACAGCGGCCCACGAGGUUGUUGCCCGUUGUUGUGCAAACGUUUGCAUCUCAGCCUCUAAUCUGGCCAGUGUGGUUGUUAGCACGAUUUUGGAUGCUAGUCAGGUUUGUAUGAGACCCGGACCGCCACCAGCACCUCUCACAUGGGAUUGGCCUUCAUGUUUCCGAUCCUGUUCUAGAUCUGUAGCUCACAGGUUUACCCAGGCAUCCGAGACAAGCCCUUGGAGUGGUUGGUGGUGUUUACUCGGGGAGAGUCUCGAUGGCGUCAAGUGGCACGCAGUGCUCGCCAUGCAGUCCGUUAAGUAUGCGGCGUCAGCAAUUAGGGACUCGAUCAGUCCACCUAUGCAGUCUGACUGGGCAGUCUAUCCUGAGUUCUCGUAUAUUGCAGUCAAUGGGCAGUCUAUGGGCAGUCUAUGGGUAUAUGGCAGUCAGAUAGCAUGUGAAGCUCACAUGAUGGUGGGCAGUGCUAGUGGCAGUCUAGAUGCGCUGCGAGUCAAAUGCGGCAGUCCUAAUGGUUCCAGUGUGCCGACACAGAUGCCAAGGCCAGAGGUCAUAUAUGCGGAACGCAGGUUCUGA